AUGCGAAUCAAGUAUCAACAAAUGUGUCAUCAGUACCAAAAUGUAUUUUCCUUUGCUGUGCACGAAGCUGCUGGUGCUGCUGAUGGACUUGUCCCAAAUCAGCGGGGUGUUUUUUCAACCCCAACGAAUCUUGCGUAAACACGGCCCUCUCUAUGAGUCCGUAAGGUUGCUCAUAGAGUCGCAAAGUUUGAGUGCCGCUGAAGCCUGGAAGAACACCGAGCAGCAGAUAAAUGAAAGCAUAUAUCUCGUUCAGGAUGCACAGGGCACGAUGAACGCUAUCCAGCAGAAGGUGAAUGAUCGUAUGGAGCUACUAUACUAUAAUCAUCCACAAACCGUAGAGUUUCGCAAGUGCUUCAAGCAAUACGAGCUGGAAGUGGGACACUUCAACAGAGAUCUUCUAAGCCACUACAGUAGCUGCAAGCAGUCCCUGGAUCUUCAGCUGGAACGAUUUGAGCAGACGGUAUUAGAACAGGCCAGCUUUAUGAAGACGGCGGAAAGGCAGAUUUCAGAGCUGGCCCACACAUGUGAUAUAGCCAGAUUGAAAAGGAACGAGAGCAACCAUGCGGGUGUUCUGUUGUGCACGGUUGCCGGUAUAGGACAGGUAAAUAAUCGGAUGAGCUCGGCUUUGCUGCAGUGUUUGGAUAUAAUGCUUGAGCUCUCUUUGGAACAAAUGGAGACACAAAGUUGUAGUAGCUAUGAGGAGCUUAACAUGCAAUUCGAUGAAAUUUAUCAACAGAUCAGAGCGUGUGAAGAGGAGCUUUACAAUUCCUAACUCAGUAUAAAAGACAAUUGCAAUCAAUAAAUAAAAACAAAUCGGAUAUAUAAUUA